UCAUCAUUUUCACUCGUUCAAAAGCUUUUACAAAAAAUUACUUAGUACUAAAUUAAAUAAUUAAGCUAGCUUUACGUACGAUAAGAAGUUUACGUUUUACCCUUUUUAGAUAUUCAUAGUCUAUAUCUUCUAGAUUGUUCUAGAUGGCCAAAGGUAUUGAUCAACAGUCUCUUACAGAGUCCACAACUGAUCAGAGGCUAGCCAUGGCCAAACAAUACUCUCAUGAAGGUGUUAUAGCUGGAGCAAAGGCUGCCGUAAUUGCUGGAGUGGUUACAGCCAUCCCAACCAUAGCAAGUGUUAGAAGGUUUUCAUGGGCGAGGGCCAAUCUCAACUACACUGCUCAGGCUCUUAUUAUUUCAACCGCGGCAGGAGCAGCAUACUUCAUAGUAGCUGACAAAGCAGUUUUGAAAUCAGCACGUCGCAACUCUAUCAAUAAUAAAGAUGCAGAGAUCCAAACUUUUGGAGCUUAAUUAAAUCGCAAACAAUUAUCAAAAUUAAAAAUUACAAAAAGAAUAAAGAAAGAAUAUAAUGCUAUGUAGAACAGGACGACCAUGGGAGGCUUGAAAUAUUGAUCGUUGCAUGGUGAAGACGUGAAGUCAUGAUGCUAAUGUUCACUAUACCAUAAUUACCAUUGUAAUAUAUGAAUAAAAAUCAUUGCGAUUUUUUUUUUAUUUUUCCAAAUUAGUUUAAUGUAUUAUGUAGUCAUAUUUCAAACGAUCGCGGUGGAAACAUUGUAUUUUGAUUAGUUAGUUCUAACUUGUAAUUAAGAGCUAGUAAAUCUCGGCUUAGUAGUAUAAUUCCUUUAUGUAGUUUAGUUAUUGUCAAGUUUUGUGUGAAUUGAAUGAGAGCCUAGAGCGAAGGCACACUCCUAGCUGUUUUAUAUAAUAUAAAAAAAUUGUUCAUUAAUAGUUGUUAAUUUAUUUUCACUACUUUUUCAUCUUCAA